UAUAAUACGAUAAUUUAAGCAAGCCUUUGGAAAUAACCUUUAGAGCAAGAGGAUGAGUUUGAUACUAAAGUUUCUGCUUCUGCUUCUAUUUUUCUUGAGUCAUCAUGCUUAUUCUGGCUCUAUCAUCAAGUUUCUCCCGGGUUUUGACGGCCCUCUUCCUUUUGAACUCGAAACCGGGUACAUUGGUAUUGGUGAGGAGGAGGAAGCCCAACUGUUUUACUAUUUCAUCAAGUCUGAGAACAAUCCAAAAGAAGACCCUCUUCUACUAUGGUUAAAUGGAGGACCAGGAUGUUCUUCUCUCACUGCCCUUCUUUCCGAGAUUGGUCCUGUGGCUUUGAAGUCCGAGGUUUACAAUGGAAGUGUCCCUUCUAUGUUCUCUACUACAUAUUCAUGGACAAAGGUAGCGAACAUAAUAUUCUUGGACCAGCCUGUUGGAGCUGGCUUCUCAUAUUCAAGAACUUCACUUGAUAAAACUAGUGACACAAAUGAAGUUAAGAUGAUCCAUGAGUUUCUUCAAAAGUGGUUAAGCAAACAUCCACAAUUUAUCUCCAACCCAUUUUACGCUACCGGAGACUCUUAUGCCGGUAUGAUUGUUCCGGUCCUUGUUGACGAAAUCUCAAAAGGGAAUUAUAUAUGUUGCAACCCUCCUAUAAAUCUACAGGGUUAUGUGCUCGGAAACCCGAUAACACAUGAUCAAGUUGAACUAGACUAUCGUAUUCCAUUUGUUCAUGGAAUGUCAUUAAUAUCUGAUGAACUCUACCAGUCACUGAAGAGAUUUUGCAAAGGAAAUUAUUACAAUGUGGAUCCACGUAACACAAAAUGUUUGAAAGUUGUUCAAGAAUACCAUAAGUGCACUGACAAAAUAAAUAUACAUCAUAUAUUAUUCCCAAAUUGUGAUGACACAAUUACACAAAAUAUAGCUCCUGAUUGCUUUAAAAGGUUGAUUAUGCAGUAUUAUAAGUAUUAUCUUUUCGAACGCUGGGCCAACAAAGAGAGCGUUCGCAAAGCUCUUCAGAUCAAGAAGGGAAGCAAAGUGGAAUGGGUGCGAUAUAAUCAUACGAUACCAUACGAUAGAAACAUUAUAAGCAGUGUACCAUACCAUAUGAAUAACAGCAUUAACGGCUACCGGUCUCUAAUAUUCAGUGGUGAUCAUGAUAUGGUGUUGCCUUCCAUUGCAACUCAAGCCUGGAUAAAAUCUCUCAAUUAUUCAAUCACUCAUGAUUGGAAGCCUUGGAUGAUAAACGAUCAAAUCGCUGGAUACACGAGAACUUAUGCAAAUAAGAUGACCUUUUCUACUAUCAAAGGAUGUGGACACACGCCAGAGUAUCUACCAGAAGAGUCCUCGAUCCUAUUCAAAAGGUGGAUCAAUGGCCAACUUUUAUAAUAGAGCCUCAUCCAAAAAUUAAGAAUAAAAAUGUAUAACAUGAAAUGCUUGUAGACAAUAUCAUUAUCUACUAUGUGAGUAAUUGCGCUAUGCGCGACUCUUCGCUUUUAUUCUUA